AACCCUAGACACAGCAGCACUUCGCGACCGAGAAGACGGUCUUGUUUGCUGCUUAAUAUCUAGCCAUGGCGGGGGUGGAAACAGAGGUUCCUACUGGGCAGCCAAAGAAGAGAACGUUCAAGAAGUUCAGUUUCAGAGGUGUUGAUUUGGAUGCUCUAUUGGACAUGUCCACUGACGAGCUCGUCAAGCUCUUUCAUGCGCGAGCUCGCAGAAGGUUUCAACGAGGUUUGAAGCGGAAGCCAAUGGCUCUGAUCAAGAAACUGCGAAAGGCUAAAAGGGAAGCCCCACCAGGUGAGAAACCAGAGCCUGUAAGGACUCAUCUACGUAACAUGAUAAUUGUUCCGGAGAUGAUUGGGAGUAUCAUCGGUGUUUACAAUGGCAAGACUUUUAAUCAAGCUGAAAUCAAGCCUGAGAUGAUCGGGCAUUAUCUAGCUGAAUUUUCUAUCUCCUACAAGCCUGUCAAGCAUGGAAGGCCUGGUAUUGGUGCUACCCACUCGUCUCGGUUCAUUCCUCUCAAGUAAAAGCUGUGUUUUUCACUGGGUAAUGUACGGGAGUUAUUUUUCCUGUCGUUGACUGGAUUUUGAUUAGUUUUCUUUCAUUGCAAAUGUCUCGAUAUAUUUAAUUCCGGCGGAGAAAAUAGCUGUAUGGGAGUUCUUUUAAUUUGUUGUCUUCAACCGGAUUUUGAUUAGUUUUCUUCCUUUUCAAAUGUCAUGACAGUAUCUAAUGCCUGAGAUCCUGAACAGAAUAGUUUUCCUAAAUUGAAAGCCCUGCUAGUUUUCAUCAAA